GGGACCCAUCGGUGAUGACUUCUGCAUCCUUUGGCAGCGGGACAUCGAGGAAGCAGGAAAGGUCCUGGCUGGAUCCCUUGGAGGAAGCAUCACAGACGAGGGCUGACUAGCGAACCUAUCUCUACGGGCGCCGAGGGAAGAGGAGACCCAGGGGCCGCCGACCCGCUGGGCCCGGCCUGGUCCGAGUGCAGGAAGGCAGCGCAUACGCCGCGGCGUACGCCAACCCUGCCCGAGCGCCCCGCCCCCGCGGGUUCUCCGAAAAGGUUGGCUCUCGGCUGUCGGGUCACACCAUGAAUGAGGACACUCAGGAUACCUCUCCGGUAGCGGGGUCGGCAGCGACAGUGGAGGAGAAAGAGAAGAAGGAGGAGGAGGAGAAAGGGAAAGAAGAGGAUGGAGAGAAGCUGCCCCCAGUCCUCACCACUUCCAGCACCGCAGCGUCUGGGGAGGUGGAGAGAGGAGCCAAAGGCCAACUUUCUACGUUCAACAGUUUCAUUUCAUCUGUUAGCCAGAAGAAAGAAGUGGUUGAAAAGAGAAGUUCACCCACACAAGUUGUUACACCUAACGUCAAGAAUGUGAGAGAUCUACCACCAAUUUGCCUUGAUGUUCGACAAAAACAGCGCCUGUCUCUUGAUUCAUUGUCAGCUGAAAUGAAAGGACCAAUCCCUCUAGAACCUGCCCUUCCUAUCCGAACCAAAACUAUGAAAGACUUUCAGGAAGAUGUAGAAAAAGUCAAGUCAUCAGGAGAAUGGAAAGAAGUCCAUGACUUUUAUCUAACAACAUUUGAUUCUUUCCUGGAACUCAGUGCUACAUUUAAGAAAGAUGCCAAUACUCCAUUCAACACCAUUGAAGAUUCUGGAGUUAAUGCCAAAUUUGUGAAUGCUGUGUAUGAUGCCUUACUAAAUACUCCUCAAGAUAUUCAGAAGUCAGUACUGAAGGGUAUCAUUAACAGUCUAUUAAGAGAAUGGAAAGGGCCACGAUCAAAAGAUGAUCUUAGAGCAUAUUUUAUACUUUUACAGAAUCCUCAGUUUAAUAACACAUCUACUUAUGUCAUCUAUGCCCACUUGCUAAGACAGAUAGCUACCUUAGUGGAAGCGGACCAUCAUUUCCUUGUUCACUGGUUUAAAAAGUUAUCACAAAAGAGGUUCAAACAAUUGGUAGACAGAUUGCUACAAUUUAUUUCCUUACGCCUGUUUCCUGCAAAGCCUGAAGAAUUUCCACCUAUGACAAAAUGUUCCUGGUGGAUUCCAUCAGCAGCCAAAGUCUUGGCUUUACUUAAUUCUGCAAACGAUCUGGCCCACCUUCCUCUUAUUCCUUAUACUGAUUUCUAUAAUUCUACAUUGGAUCAUAUUGAUCUCAUGGAAGAAUAUCAUACUUGGCAGUGCUUUGGAAACCCUCGAAGCAGGUUUUCCUUCUGUCAGUAUCCAUUUGUUAUUUCUAUAGCUGCAAAAAAAAUCAUUAUUCAGAGGGACUCAGAGCAACAGAUGAUAAGCAUUGCCAGGCAAAGUCUGGUGGACAAAGUUUCUCGAAGGCAAAGACCUGACAUGAAUAUGCUAUUUUUAAAUAUGAAAGUAAGAAGAACACACCUUGUUAGUGAUUCGCUCGAUGAGCUGACAAGGAAAAGAGGAGACUUGAAAAAGAAGCUGAAAGUGACAUUUGUUGGGGAAGCUGGCCUUGAUAUGGGUGGCUUGACAAAAGAAUGGUUUCUUCUCCUGAUUCGCCAGAUUUUUCACCCAGAUUAUGGCAUGUUUGCAUAUCACAAGGAUUCACAUUGUCAUUGGUUUAGCAGCUUCAAAUGUGAUAACUAUUCUGAAUUUCGGUUGGUUGGAAUUCUUAUGGGACUAGCUGUAUAUAACAGCAUCACCUUGGAUAUUCGUUUCCCACCCUGCUGUUAUAAGAAGCUUUUAAGUCCUCCCAUUGUUCCUGGUGAUCAGAACACACCAGUAGGCAUCUGCAAUAUUACAAUAGAUGAUCUAUAUCAGAUUAUGCCUGAAUUGGCCCAUGGAUUAAAUGAACUUUUAUCAUAUGAUGGCAAUGUUGAAGAAGAUUUUUACUCAACCUUCCAGGUUUUCCAAGAAGAAUUUGGAGUAAUCAAAUCAUAUAAUUUAAAACCAGGUGGUGAUAAAAUUCCAGUUACCAAUCAGAAUAGGAAAGAGUAUGUGCAGCUGUAUGUUGACUUCCUUCUCAACAAAUCCAUCUAUAAACAGUUUGCAGCAUUUUAUUAUGGAUUUCAUAGUGUAUGUGCUUCAAAUGCCCUAAUGCUGCUUCGUCCAGAAGAGGUAGAAAUUCUGGUCUGCGGGAGUCCUGAGUUGGAUAUGCAUGCUCUGCAAAGAAAUACUCAGUAUGAUGGCUAUGUGAAAACUGACCUCACUAUACGAUACUUUUGGGAUGUUGUGCUUGGGUUUCCUCUUGAUCUUCAAAAGAAGUUGCUACAUUUUACCACAGGAAGUGACCGAGUACCUGUAGGAGGGAUGGCAGACUUGAAUUUCAAGAUUUCAAAGCAUGACACUUCUACUAACUGGUUACCAGUGGCCCAUACCUGCUUCAACCAACUUUGCUUGCCUCCUUACAAGAACAAAAAAGAGUUAAAGCAGAAACUGAUCAUUGGGAUUUCAAAUUCAGAAGGUUUUGGGCUAGAGUAACUUUGGACUUGAAAUAAAGUAUUUUUAUAUGUAGCAUCCACUCUCUUCUCAUUGUGCCUUUAACCUUUUCAUGCUUCUGUCUUCAGCACUACAAUAAGUGAAACGAUUUUCAAAUACUGACUUUUUGAAUUAUUAAAUGUGAAGUACAUUUAAUCUACAUACAGUUUUCAAAAACUACAGAAACUUUGGCACAGGGAGGGGGGGUCAAUAGGUAACAACAGGAUUUUUUUAGUAUCUCUUUUUAUAGCACUUUACCAGUCUCCAUAAUUAUGUCACAUAUGUGCCACUAGGGGAUUGAAGUACAAUAUUUAAUGCAUUUCCAGUGGCAGAUUAUGUGUUAUUAACACACAGUAGCAAAGCAUAGAGCUACAACACCAUUAAUAUAAGGCCUGUAGCCAUAUUUUCAUACAGAAGUAAACAAUUUUAAUCGCAAUGGAAAUUUACAGUGUUUUUAAUAUUCUGGCUUUAGUUCUGUAAGGAUUAAGCCGAUUGUUGAAAAGCAUGUAAAUAAUUGCUUUGGGGGGGGGAAUGGAAUUUUUAAUAGUGCUAUUUGUUGCUAAAGAUUUAUUUUUACAAAAUAAAUUCAGGGUUUUAGAUGUGUAUACAGCUUUUACAAAUCAACAGGGAUGAUUGUACAGGAAUGUAACUUUUCAGACUAACAGGGUUUAAGAUUAUAUGCAUUUAAGUAUUAAGAUUAAGUAUUAAGGUAUGUACCUAUUGAAAUUGGCAGAAAACUGCUUACUUUGAAGACCCUUUUAUUUGUGUAACCAUCAUGCUUUGAAAAGCACCUGGAUGUCAGAAAGUGAAAUCCAAUCAAAUUAGUUGCGAAUGAAAUAAAUCCUAGGAAAGCACAAAAUGACAACAUUUUUCCUUUGAAAAUGUGAUUGAUGGCCUGGGCUCAUAUCCAAUCUUGUUUUUAAUGGCCAGUAGUACUGGAACCAACUUCUAGAAAAAUAGGCUGAAAUGCAGGACAAAAUCGUGUGAACAUAUCAAGUAAUAUUUGUGUCAAAGUAGUAUAGUUUCGAUAUUUGGGCCAAAAUAUUUAUUUUCCCCCCGGUGAAUUCUAAAUAGAAAAAAUACAAAAGUCCAAAGUAGUAUGUGAGGAAAAGAGCUGCAUUUCAUUUCAUAGCUACUGAUGCAUUUUUGCAUUAGUAAAAGUGAAGCAGUUUUCUUAGCCUGUGACAGAUUUUUCUUAAAUUGGGAUUUAUUUCCUGGAGACAUUCCUAGCUUUUCUUCUGAAAACUCAGAAGCUGUUAUUGUUGCAAUAACAAUAAAUGAUGCCAGCAUUUAUUACCAGCAAAUACUCUUUUUAGAUAGGCUUUCCCCCAUCUUUUUCUGAGUUUUGCUAUCUCCUUGUUACACCCCCAGCCACAGAAUUCAUCAAGGGUGAAGAAAUGAAUAAACUCAUUCUUCUGGGAUUUUGAAGCAACCAGUGUUUGGAGGAAAGGGAGGACCUGUUGUAUGUACUUAUCUCUCCUUCUGAAAGUAGUUCUGAAAUACUUUGGGGAUCUUAAGUGAGCUGUAGUGAAUAGUAUCUUUGCUAAGAAAAUAAAGAGGCUAGAAAAGGUAGCCGACUAGCUGGUUUAGUUUGUUCGUCAGUGUGCAAAUAAAAUCGCUUCUCUGUCGUGCGCCUGAGCUAGUCCGUGAGGUGUUUAGAGUAGGUUGAUAAUAACUAAUAAGCACAAACGAAUUCUAUGUAAGUAAUCAGGUUUAAAUGUUUAAGAUGUAAACAGAGCUCUUAUUUGAUAAAGAUGAUUUAUGGUUUCAUGUGCAUGUUUAAUAAUGCGUCUAUAUACAUCAAUAGCUAUGUCACUUUAGAAAUAUACAAACCCAAUGUUUCUAAUGGCUCAUACCCACAAUAAACUGGAAAAUUUGUGUCUGUUAUGAAAACAAAAAAUACAACUGUUUUAAUCACUAAAUUACACAUUGCCUUUAUUUAUUUAUGUUCUCUCUGGUUUUUAGUUUACAGUGUAAUAAUACCUCAUUUUUUAAAAAAUCACUGCUGUUCUAUUUCGUUCAUUUUCAAUUCCCUAGUAAGUUCAUGUGGUUACAUUUUUAUAUCUCUGUUGUUAAUAAAUACUAUCCAAUUUUUGUAUUUGCCAUAGUAAAUUAAAACACUGCAUAAUAUUUCUUA